GAUACACGGACACCUAUACGAAGCCGCCGUGCUGCUAAAGCUAACCUUAGCUAGCUUUGAGGCAUUUCUCUACCAACGCAGAAUCCGCUGACUCUACAAUCAAAGUCUUUCAAAAUGAGUGCGGCUGCCUCCCAAAAAGUUGUCCUGAAAAGCACCACCAAAGUGUCCCUAAAUGAGCGCUUCACUAACAUGCUGAAGAACAAGCAACCCACUGCGGUAAGCAUUCGAGCCACCAUGCAACAGCAGCAUUUGGCUAGCGCCCGCAAUCGUCGGCUGGCCCAGCAGAUGGAGAACCGGCCUUCGGUGCAAGCCGCUCUGAAUCACAAGCAGAGCCUAAAGCAGCGACUGGGGAAGAGCAACAUCCAAGCCCGGCUGGGUCGGCCUGUUGGGGCUCUGAUGCGUGGAGGACCUCCUGGAGGCAGAGGAGGAAUGCGCGGGAUGAACAGAGGAGGUCUUCGGGGACGAGGCAGAGGAGGCAUAAUGAGGGGAGCUCUGUCCCUGAGAGGGAAGCGAGGUUCUACAGGUGGGCCCAUGCGAGGCCGUGGUUCUGCCGGUCGUAUGGCAAUGCGUAGAGGAGGCCGCCAGCGUGGUGCAGGUGUUGGAAGAGGAGGAGCACUGUCCCGAGGAGCAGCUCGAGGAAUGCCCAGAGGUCGCGGGGGGCUGCGUGGACGUGGCGGUUUUGCUGGGCGACGUGGACGUGGCCGAGGUGUCGGUAGACCGGCUGUUACUCGCGAGCAGCUGGACAACCAGCUGGAUGCCUACAUGUCAAAGACUAAGGGACAUUUGGACGCAGAACUGGAUGCCUACAUGGCCCAGGCAGACCCCGACUCUAUGGAGUAAAGGACUGUGGACUGAGCACACAGAGGCGCUGAAGUUGGACGAACAGUGUAGUGUUGAUGUGCUGAGAAAUGAUUGUUAAUUUAGCUGAAAGUGAUGACACUUUAGGUGGCACCCAGUAGCGGUCUAAACAAUAUUGUGUGGGUCACUGCUCGGUUGUGCAUCGACCCGCUCGUUCAGAGCCCUUUUAAUCCUGGAGGGACUUCUUAUGCAUUAACAAACCCUGCUGUUUCUAGACUUCUGUGUCCAAGACGGGUUUUUUCCGUUGUCAUUUUUUUUAUUUAUUUUUUUUUCUCCAAAGGGACAAACUGUCAAAAUUUUACAUUUGUUGAAAGCAGUUUUUAAAUGUGCUUUUCUUUUAAACAUUUGCCUGCUCGAAUCGUGGGAAUUCAGAAGUUUUAAGCAUCACUUUGUUUGCCGUUUGCUUACAGUGAAAUGUUCUAGGUGAAAUUUGAAUUAAAGUGGAAACUAUUUCCUUAAUUGUGUCAAAUGUCUGAGUUUUAAAUGUGCAUUCACAUCCAAGAGCUGGCUGUCUUUGAAUGGUGUUUUUGUAGGAGGGGGGGUUGAUGCUUUCACUUCUGCUGUUUUCACAAAGUAACUUUGAGGAUGCCAUGUUCAUUUUGGGCCGAAGAUGGCUUUGUUGCACCAACAGAAUAGUUCUCAUGAGUCUGUGGGGUAUCUAAUGAAGUCAGAGGACUUAGUGCCACAAAAAAUAAACAACUUUUGGAAAAA